CGACGUUGUCCACGCCAGUUCACUUUUGUUCACCACCGUGAUCGUCGACGCGAUACAAUCACUAUUUUCCACGAGAUUUCUUUUUGUCGUCCGUCAGUGAGGCUUCGUGGUUCGCACCAUGUAUUCGGAUAGACGAGUUAACGAAAGGACCUCACUCACGAGACCCUUGGAUUCUCCGGACUACGUGGAAUUCGCCAGCUUGUUGAGGACCCGGAAAACUCGAAUCAGACAGUUUCAGUGCUGCAUCUGCGCCACUUUAAUAGCAAUCUUCACCAUGGCUCUCGUUAUAACAAUAAGCUACUCCGUGAGCCACGACAUACUAGACGCCUCCGGUUCAAACCUCACCAAUACUUCGUUUCAAUCCACCGUUAAUCUCACCGGUACUUUAAAACUGGGCUUCGCUCCAGGAUCUGGAUCCUACACUCUCUUUAGCAAUCCUUCCGUCGUGCCAGCCUCCAAUUCUAUAUUCGUGUCAGACAAAUCUACAAAAGACACCACUGCGACGCAACUGUCGGACGACGAGAUAAAAGAAGGCUUGCAGGCAGGCCGUCAAGCUGUUAACGAGCGACUUUUCGCAGACGUCAAUGCACUGAUGUCGCCGUUACCGUCACCUUCUCCGGAAGUAAGACACCGUUACGCAGUAAGCACCUGCCUGAGCACUGGGACACUAGCUCUGGCAGCUGUGGCAGAACUUGCAGCGACCAAACGAAUCGAGAGUUCAAGGAUGGUCUUCGGAGCACCCUCUGCCGUGGGGAGCUUCUUCGACGCAGGCUGGGAAUCUUUGGGUGUUUGCAAGCAGCUAGUCACUCCGGAAUGUCCGUUCAGUAAAUACAGAACCUUGGAUGGAAGUUGCAACAGACCGAUGCAACGGGGUGCAACAAUGACACCUUUCAGAAGGAUUCUACCGCCUAACUACGCCGAUGGCAUCGAGACUCCUCGUAGAGCAAUUUCAGGAGCCGAGCUACCCUCGGCAAGAGAAGUCAGCCUGAAGGUUCACAAACCUUCGCCAAGCAGCAAUCCUCACUUCACCGUGAUGCUAGCUGUUUAUGGCCAGUUCUUGGACCACGAUAUCACCGCUACCGCGAUCAGUCAGGGUGUCAACGGCACUUCAAUCUCUUGUUGUCCACCAUCUGUCGGCCAUCCAGAGUGUUUCUCUGUUCCGGUGUCCUCCGGAGAUCCUGUUUUCGACGUGACUGGGAGGACGUGCAUGGACUUCGCCAGAUCUGCCCCUGCACCCCAGUGCAAACUUGGUCCAAGACAACAGUUGAAUCAAGUGACGGCGUUUAUCGAUGGUUCAGCGAUCUAUGGAUCCGAUCAGGGCACAGCGCGGAAACUGCGGGAGUUUUCUGGCGGACGGCUGACGAUGCAGUUAACACCGGACAAUCGAACACUGUUACCACCGAGCACGAAUCCUAACGACGGUUGCAAUCGGGAGGCCGAAAGGCUGAGAGGCAGGUACUGCUUCGCAGCCGGCGACGCCAGGGCAAACGAGAACUUGCACUUGACGACGAUGCAUCUGCUCUGGGCGCGACAGCACAACAGGGUCGCCGAGCAAUUGGCCAAGAUCAACCCUUCUUGGGAUGAUGAAACUCUGUACGAGGAAUCUCGACGUAUAGUGGGCGCUCAAUUGCAGCAUGUCACCUAUCGAGAAUUCAUACCUAUUGUCCUCGGUGAGCAGGAAACGAAUCUACGCGAUCUGAGGCCUCUCAAGUCUGGCUAUAGACAAUGGACCGGCGACACGGAUGAGUCUGGUACCGACCCAAGCAUAGCUAACAGUUUCGCAGCAGCCGCCUUUAGAUUCGCUCAUACUCUGUUACCUGGUUUGAUGAAAGUCACUGACGAGCAAAGGGAAACUUCUUCUUACGUAGAACUGCAUAGAAUGCUGUUCAAUCCGUACAGUCUGUACGCAGAGGGUGGCGUGAAGAGUUCAGUGACUUCUGCCACGAGGAACGUGAUCCAGAUGACGUCUACUCAUGUCACUUCUCAACUGACCAAUCAUCUGUUCGAAGAUCCCGUCGCUAACGUUACCGUGCCCUGCGGCUUGGAUUUGGUAUCGUUGAAUAUCCAGCGCGGAAGGGAUCACGGCCUACCUGGAUACGCCAAAUGGAGGGAAUAUUGCGGACUGGGCAAGGUAGAAAGUUUCUCCGACUUGGAAGGACACUUGGAUCCACAGGCUCUUGAAGACAUUUCCUCUUUGUACAAGUCGGUUCACGAUGUCGAUUUAUAUACCGGAGCUUUGGCUGAAUUACCCAAGGCUGACGGCAUUGUCGGGCCAACUUUUACGUGUUUGAUCGCUGAUCAGUUUGCUAGGUUGCAGAAAGGAGAUAGAUUCUGGUACGAGUUGUCUGGACAACCGCACUCGUUCACAGAAGGCCAGCUUACAGAAUUACGUAAAAUGUCACUGGCGAGAUUGAUCUGCGACUGUUCCGACGGCGUAACACAAACUCAGGCGGAAGUUAUGCGAGCAGAGGGUACAGAAAAUCCUAUGAUGUCUUGCGAGGACAUUCCAGCGCCAUCCUUUGAACCAUGGAGAGAAAACGGUUCAACGCCUCCCACGUUACGAGCUACUUUCGCGCCAGUCAACUGGACCGCAUUCAAGAACAAUAUUAACGAUACAAUCAGAGACGUUGUGACUUACAUCAACAGUUCCAGGACUAUGAUAGACACUGACUGGUUAGCCUUCAAGAAUUACAUAAACGAUACAUUCUCCGAUCUUCGAGACCAACUAUCUGGUUUGCAUCCACCGAAGACAAACGAUUCUACACCCGAGGCAAAAUUGUCAACGGACUCUGACAGUCUUAUUUUAAGAGCAGCAGGAUCACCAAGCGUUUAUCAGGAUUGGAUUACGUUUAAAAAUAAUCUGGUGAAGUCACUGAAUGACUCCAUACAGACGAUCGGUGGUGGACCGGCUGCAGUGGCCAAGUGGAUAGCUUUUAAACAGAAUAUCGUCGAUCAGUUUGCUGAUUUGAAGGAUGAAAUCUCGUCUAUGAAGACAGAUGUUGCUCCAAAAUUGAAGAUGAAGAACAACGCACAAGAACAGGCUUUGACGAGUCAGAAUAAACUAACGGAGUCUUCGACUAUCAAGAAUGCUACGAUUCCUGCAAUAUUUGACUGGAAGAACUUUAAGGAUAAUAUCAUAUCUUCUAUAAACGAUAGUAUUGCGAGUAUAAACGACAAUAUGCCUCCCCCUGGUGAUCCAGCUUGGGCCACUUUUGGAAACGAUAUCAAAGAUCGAUUUUCCACGUUCAGAGACAAGAUCGAUAGUCAGAGAUCUACUGCAGCUCCUGUUGAAUUAGCUACGGGGAAACCAUCCGUUAAUGACGAUUGGAUAAGCUACAAAUCUGACAUCAUUAAGACAGUAAAUGACGCUGUGAAUAAAAUUAAGAACGAAAUGCCUCCACCAGGCGAUCCAGCAUGGGCUACGUACAGAGACGAGAUUGUAAAGAGUUUCUCUGCUUUCAAGACCACUCCAUCGCCCAUGGAACUUGCGACGUUGUCUUCUUUAAGCGAAAUUCCCCAACGUGGAUAUUUAAGAGCUCCCUCGAAAAGUAAGUUUAACAACACGCAACUGGCCAAUCUGACAGACGAUUGGUUACAAUUCAAAGCUCAGAUCAACGAUUCCUUGACCAAACUGAUCCAGGAUAUUCAGAGCAAGAAACCAGCGGAGGUUGAUCCUAUCGCGUGGGCUGCUUUCAAGGAUUCCGCGAAGAAUGAUUUCGCGAAGCUGAAAGAUGAAAUUGCAACUACGAAGGCUGACUGGAUAAGCAAGUUGAAACCAAACAGAAGUUCCUUGAGUGUUCAAGCUACGUUCAACAAAUCCGGGGACCCGUUUAAGUUUGAUUACACCAAAUUUAUCAAACCAGUCAUCCCCCUCGAUGAAUGGGCCGAUUUUAAGAAACAGAUUAACGACACCGUGAUGAAUAUCCUGAAUAAUGCGAAUGCAACUGAUCGAUUUAAUCUCGACGAGCUUCACGAGAUGUUCAACGAGUCUUUCGCCGAUAUCAAGAACGAAAUAUCAGCUCUGAGGAGUUUGGUCGCGGAUACGUAUAAUAACAAAACCGCGGCUGACUGGAUCAGCUUUCAAACACAGCUGAAUUCCACCGUGAAGAAUUUGGUGGAUAGUUUGAAGAAAGAAGAUCAGAUAGAAACGGGGAGUAUGAUGAGGAUCUUGCUCGAAGCCAAAGACAAGCUGUCUGAUCUCGAACCACCAGUGAAUUCAGGCACGGUUCUGCCAACAGAGUGGAUUCAAUACGCGUCACGAAUGAAUAAAACGAUUUCAGAUGCUUUGAAAAAUAUCGACAAUCAGAAACAAGCGGCAGCGAUAGUCAGGUCCGAAUCAUCAUCGUCAGAUAAUCCUAAAAAGUUCACGGAUUGGUUGAUCGUUCCUUGUCUCGUGAGCUCGUUCCAUGUGUUCACCAUGGCGACGAGGUUCUAAAUUCGCGUGUAAAGAAGUUACAACUGUCUGUUGUAUUGCAAAUUCUUGUAUAUAUAUUCUCUUAUUUAUAAAGACAAAUUUUUAUUACACACUAACCAAGUAUAAUAGGAAGGAAUCGAAAGGAAGAGUGAGAGUGAUGUUGAAACUGACGUUGUUCCUUUACUACGGUCGCGCUUGAUAUGUUAAUUCUAAUUAAUUAAUAAUAACAAUAACAAUGAUAACAAUAAUUAACACGAAUCUAUGUGGAGAGACUUA